AUGAGGAAAUACAGAGGUGGGAAGAUCAAACGGAAUGAACUUCCUUCCCUAAGUGGCAUGACUGAAAGGGGGAAAGGAGGACACAGGAGAAGAUCCGCUGUGUACUACCCCAUUGGAACUUCUUCCAGAUCUGAGAUAAAUGAAAUGCUCAUUCUAUUGAACAAGUACCAAAGGGAUAUGUCCUUUAUGAAGUAUCUUUUUGUGGCUAACUGUGUAAUUAUGGCGAUUCUAAUUUCGGGUUCUGUGCAUCUACUUUGGGGUGAUUCUAUGAAUAAAUACAUCUUAACCAAAAUUGAGAAGCUACUUACCGAAGUGAAGAACUCAUCCAAGACGCAGACAAUCAUGAAAGGAAUCCUGAGUGAUCUCCUAUGCAGUGUAGUAAAUGAUGAGAAAAACAAGAAUGCAACCAAGAAGUUUUUCUUGGAUACCCUCCAAAAUUCAAAGACAGAAAUGGGAAGUGUAUUCACAGAUGUACUACAAACGGAGCAUGUAAGGAACAGCCUUAAGAAUGUCUUUCAGGAGGUUUCUAGUUAUCUCAGCAGGAAUGAGCAGAUGCAUAUGAAAGUAUACCACCUCCUGUCCCAGGCGAUACACUUACCUAUCGCUAUAAACACGUCUAAGAGGUGGCUAAACAAUCUUCUCAAAUCAGAGAGCGUAACAAGCAAUGUUAGAGAAGUCCUACGUAAUGAGGUUUUUAAAAACGAUCAGGUGGUUAACGAUUCCGUAUUGUUUGUUCAGAAUGCCCUCCUCACUGCCUUGCAAGAUAAGGAGACAAAGGAGGCGAGUAAGUUCUUCUUUGCUUCCAUUCUUUCCAAUCCGGAGUUUCAGCAACAGAUUUCUGGGAAUAUAUGGAAAAUCGUCAAACUGGCUCUCUCCCCGAAGUGGAUGACUUACGAGGGGGACGACUUGCAGGUGAAAGUGGGCCACCAGCCGCAGUGCCCAUCGCGGAACACAGGGGAGGAGGAGGCCCCUCUGCACAACCCCCUCCUCGACGCAGGGAAGAGCCACCUGGGAACGAUCAGCUGCGAUGUUCACGACGGUGGCGGUGUUUUCAGCGACAGCGGUGUCAGUCACGUUGACGAUGUUCGUCACAUUAGUAAUGUUCACCACGUUACCAGUAUUCGCCUCAACAGCGAUGACCUCGUGGAGGCCCAUCCGCGAGAGGCGGUCCCGAAUCGGGAGGAGCUUCUCCCCCUGGGGAGGAACAAGGGAAACGCGCCUAGUGGGGCAGCCCCCGUGGAGGGUUGCCAAAUGGGAGAGGUUGCACUAGAAAAGAAGCAAGUCAUGAGCGAAACAAAGCAAGAUACGAACGAAAGGGAGCAAACUACAAACGAAGCGGAACAAGCUGCCAACGAAAUGAGACAUGUGAUUAACCUCUUUGAGCGCGCACACAUGUGUGACGGGCAUGCCGACGUAACCGCGUGCAAGCAGACGUACACUGGGCAAGCGUUCCAAACUAACAUGGCAGGGAACUUACGACAUGUGGACACGCAACAGUUGGAUGAGCUACGAAGCUUCCUCUUUCCACCCCACCCAAGUCAGAACAACUCCACCCCCAUAAGUGGCAUUUCUAUCUCUAAAUUUAAGAGCGUUAAGGAAGGGGCAGGUCAUUUGGAAAGUUUGAGAACAGUUCACCGAUUGAAUGGUUCCUAUUUUGCUAACAGGAUUGAGCGAAGCGAUGGCCACGGGGGUGGAGCCAUCCCCCCAGGAACGGUACUUCCCGGCGAGGCACCUCUUGGAACGACGUCGCGCAGCGGUUCUGUGCCAGGCUCCGCUAUGUCAAGCUCCGCUAUUCGAAGCUCCCCUAUGCCUAACUACUCACCAACUGACCAUGCAAUCACCCCCACGCGCGGAAUCGCAGUGCGAGUGAAAUUCUUCCUGCUGGACGCCUACAGGUUCUAUGCGCAGAAGUAUUACUUCUACUAUUAUUACGUGGAGCGGGUCAAGGCGGUUCUGCAGAAGGCGCUGGGGGUGAAGUUCUUUUGA